AUUAACGAAUUUUCAAGCUUAAAUAGCGUCAAUAUGAAGAGAAAUUACAUUAAUAUUACUAUUUUCUUAAUGAGAAUUGUAACAACAAUAUUUAAAAUCGAUAUUAUAAGUUAUUUUUGCUUAUAAUAAUCUGGAUAUUGCUAUAUACAGUGUGUCACCGGAUUAUAUUUACAAGAGGAAAGACUUUAUUAUUGACAUUAUGAGAAAAAUGCAAUCUAUGUAGUUGGUAUGGAAAUUUGGAAAAGUAUAAACGGGAUUAAUCAUUUUAGAAGAAGCAAAAAUUUUUAUGAAUAAAGGUCGAUUUAUAGAUUGAAAACGUUGCGGUUCGACGCCCGAUGUUACGGUCGGUAAAAAGUUCGUUUAUACACAGGAUGUUUUGUUGAUUAUAAAUUUUUCGUUUUUCGUUGUUGUUGCGGUUGACGUUUUACGUCAAAAGUUAACCAACUUUAGGGCCUGGGCACUCUCUAGUUUUUCAACUAGUCGCGAGGGGCGCUGUUAAACAAAAUUUUAAGUUGGUAUUCAAUUCUUGAGGUUGGCAAUGGAUGUCAAGUCAAGAGUGUCAUUUGGCUUGGCGUCUUGUCUGGCGUCAUUUGUCGUUCCAUUUUCGAAUAUCGGCGUCUAUUUUGCGAAUCCGUUUUCUUUGUGUUUAAUAUUAGACAGUUAAAGCAAGGCACAAUACGUAUACGUAUCUCUCGACACGUAACGCAGAAACUUACGUUACGACUGCCGUUGCGUUGUCGUGUAAACAAGAGUUAAAGCAAGUAUUUUGACUGUAUAUAUGUUUUUGUUGUAGUAUUAGUGUAUAGUGUAGUUCUAGUAUUAGUGUAUUAUAUAGAAAACUGAUUUUUCCACGCGAUAGACGUUAUUGUUUUUCACUUACAAACAUUGAUUUGGUCAAAAUGGUGAUUUAUUGUUGUGUGCCCAAUUGUCCAGGACGGAGUAACGAAAUCUCAAUGCACUUAUUUCCAAAGGAUGAGGAGUUGCUUCACACAUGGAUUAAAGUUGUAGGAAGAGAAGAUUUAUUAUCAAAAGGUGCCAAAAUACGGAAAACUUACAGGGUGUGUGACCGACAUUUUUCAGAAGGUUCCAGAUUCAAAACCCAUCAUAAUAGAACUAAUUUAAAACACGGAUCUGUUCCAGAUUUAUAUGUAAAAGGUUCAGCUGAGGCAAGCACUUCUCAAGAAUUCAUUCCUAUUAAAGCAAGCACUUCUCAAGAAAUAUAUCAGGGUAGAAGCACUGAAGAGUCGUUUGUGGAAGUUGAUUUGAAAACAGUAGAUGAGUGUGCUAGAUAUUCUGUGACAAUCCGGGAACAUACUGUAGAUGACGCAAACACAGUAGACAUCUAUAAAAACUUUUUUGUAUGUGUAAAGAUUUUCGUACCUUGUUUAUAGAUGUCGCUGGUGGAGGAAAUAUAGUAAUACAACUACUUGUCAGUAGAGGACACAUCAUAAAUUGUAUUAGGGAUAUUUAAGAAAAACAUCCAUUAUACUCUUAAUGAGCAUUGUAACAAAAAUAUUUAAAAUUAUUUUUUUUAAAGUUAAUUUUCCUUAUAUUAUGAUAUAGAUGACGCACACACAAUAGACAUCUGCCCAGUUUUUUUUCUGUGUGUAAAGUUCUGUACCUUGUUCAUAGAUGUCGCCAAAGGAGCAAAUAUAGUAGUAGUACAGCUAUUUUUCCGUAGAUGACACUACCUUGUUUGAAAUUUUAUUUUAAAUAUUUAAAGAGGCAAACAUUAAAAUUCCCUUAAUAAAAGAUGGCAUUUAAUUUUUCUUAUAUUA